AACCAUGUCCCACAGUUCUCGGUUAAAACUCCAACAUGCGCGUGUCAGUAGUAUCCGCCCUCAUCCUGGCCACCUGCUUCCUGGCCUGGAUCGACAGCUCCGAGGCAGAUUGCUGCACAUCCAUGUCCCAUCUGAAGUACACGAUCGAGGGCGGCGAUUGCGGAGCUGUUGGUGGCAGCCGGACCUCAGACGGGUGCUCCAUUACCAUCUGCGGCAACGGGAAGGCUCUUGUGGGCACUUUUUGCGGCCGAGGACCCUGCAACAUCUUCGGCUGUGCCUGCAAGGGCGGCUGCCUUAGCGGGGACUUCGCUCUGGACUUUAUCAAGAACAAUCCCGGAUACAAGAUCCAUGUCACGUCCACCGUUCAUAGAUCAUAACAAUCUACACACUAUUUCCAAGCAGAGUUCUAAUUAGAUGUUAGCCUUUGUCUGAUUUAAACCAAACACCGACAACCGAUUUUAUAAUGAAACAUUUAUUAAAAUUUUGUACUUUUGUCUGUA